AAAUUUUUGAAAAAAAAAACACUUUUUCUUAGUUUCUGUUAUAACAUUUUGUACAUAAGUGAUUUUUCUCCUUCACUGAUGUGCUCUAAUGAGGCUGCAGUGAUGGGCACUGAUAGGCUGCACUGAUGGGCACUGAUAGGCAGCACUGAUGGGCACUGAAAGGCAGCACUCAUAUUUAGCACUGUUAGGUGCCACUGGCGGAACUGAUAGGCAGCACUGACUGGCACUGAUAGGCAGCACUGACUGGAACUGAUAGUUGGUACUGAUUGGCAGCAGU